UAUUUUUAAUAUUUAAAUUGAUUUUAUCAGAGAAAGAGACAGAGAGAAAAAAUUCUUAAUCUUAAAUUUAUUUAUGGUUGUUGGAGGAGUAGAAUGUGUUUGAAAAUUAAAUUCAAAUGUCUGAUGUCAUCUGUGUGUUUAAUCACAUACAACACAUACACAAACAGUGAGAGAGAGAGAGAGAAAAAUAAAAUAAAAUUCUCUUUAAAAAAUAUUACGACACAACCAUACUCAGUAAUGUGUAUGUAGCCGAUUAUAAAUUUUUUCCAGGCGCAUUCGAAAAUUGUCUUCGAAAUUCAUCCGAAAAAAAAUAAAUAAAGCAAAAAAAUCUAACGAAAUCAAAUUUCUAUAAUCCUUAUAUUUAUUGCGAUUUUAAUUCUGUUGUUGUUGUUGUUUUUGUUAUUGUUGUUCUUGAUUAUGUUAUCGGAAAAAAAUAGCACAGAAGAAAAUUCACAAAUCCAAUCAAAGUAGUUUGUGUUGUUCACACAUGACACAUUCGAAUAAAACUUGAUCCAAACAAAUCUUUGUUUUUUCACCAUCAUCAUCAUCAUCAUCGAAUCAAAUCGGAAAGAAUAUUGUCGUUGUUGUUAGAACUUAGUGCAUCACUCUCCCAAGAAGCAACGAAAAUAGGCAUGAGUUCAUUGAUAAAAUUAUCAUCAAUCAAAAGUUUUUCCAGUGAAAGUCAUAAAUAUCCAUCUCGUAAUUUAUUGAACAUCGUUGAUGAUAACAACGAUUCAUCACCAUCAUCAUGGAAAUGUAAGCAUUGGUCAGAUUAUUGUUGGAUAAUCAUUGAACUAUGUGAACAAGCAAUAAUUGAUAUGAUUGAAAUAAAAAAUGAUUGUUCAGCAUUUAUCGAAAUAUUUUCAUCAACAACGGGCGAUUCAAAUGAUUUUAAGGUCCUGUUACCAGUAUUUUCUUCACAAUUACCAUCAAAUUGUCGGAAACAAUCAUUCAACAAUCAAAAUGAACGAUUCAAAUUUACAACUAAACAAUUCAUGUCCACCUCACGAUCAUUACCAUGUAAAUUUAUCAAAUGUGUCUGUUCACAGCCAUACAAUAAGAAUAUCUGUUAUGGUAUAGCCAGUAUAAAAAUUUAUGGUCAACAAUUUCAAGAACAUAAAAAUAGUGAUAGUGCUGAUGCUGUUCAUGAUGUUGAUGAUGAUGAUGAUGAUGGAAAAAAGAAACCAUUAUGGAUGAAGAAAUUUAAAUUUUUUGACAACAAAUUGACCAUGGUUGAUGAUGAAUAUUUUGCAAUGAAUUUCGAUCAUUCAAAAUUGAAACAACAACAUCAGAAGCAACAACAACAAUCUAAUUCAAACGUUACGACGAUCGAUUCAAAUAAACAAAAUAUUGAUAGCAAAAUGUCAUCAUUAUCAAAAUUAUCGGCAGAAAUUAAGCCAAAUCUCAAAACAUUACCAUUAAAUGAUGAUGAUGGUAAUAAUAAAAAUGUUAAUGUCAUUGAACAAUUAUCUAAACCAUCGACAUCAACAUCAUCAACAAAAGCAGGCAAAAAACGUAAUCAUAAUGAUGAUGAUGUUCAACAACAACAAUCAUCGAUAAAGAUAAAGCCAACGAAAAAGAUUAAAAAACCAUUUGAAAAAUUAUUCGAUAAUGUUGUUUUUGUAUUGAGUGGAUAUCAGAAUCCAAUUCGUAUGGAAUUAAAACAGAAAGCAUUAGCAAUGGGUGCUCAUUAUAAACCGGAAUGGAAUUCAAAUUGUACGCAUUUAAUAUGUGCAUUUGAAAAUACACCAAAAUAUCGACAAGUUAAUCAUCUUGGUGGAAAAAUUGUUCGAGAACAAUGGAUUAAUGAUUCAUAUGAUCAACGUAAACGUUUAUCAUGGCGAAACUAUUUGUUGGGAAAGUUUAUUGGAAAUGAUGACGAUAACGAUAGUGAUGAUGUUGAUGAUAAAGAUUUCAAUGGCCGUAACAAUAAAGCUACCCAUAAUAAUAAUACAAAUAGUAUUAAUAUUAACAGAACAAAGAACCGAAAAGAUGAUGGUCAAAAUUUUACUGAUGAACAACGGCCGUACAUCAAUAACAAACAAACUGCUGCUACAUCAAUGAAAAUGGUGAUGGAGACGAAUAAGAAAAAUAUUGUGGCAAAUGCUGAUUAUGAUAGCGAUAUUAUUUAUGAUCUUGAAACUGAAGAUGAUGAUGAUGAUGAUGGCGAAGAGUAAAUGAAAUGAAAAAACACUGGAUGAGUUUUUUUCCACCGAAAAAAAAAAAAUAAAAUCCAUUGAUGAUAGUGAUGGUCAUUUUUUUCUCAUCACAAAACUAAUGGACCUAAAGACUUUAUGAUUAGUGAUUAAUUGACAAUUGUACCAUGGAACAAAAUCAUCAUCAUCAUCAUCAUCAAACAACGCAAAUUUCGUAAUAUUGACCGGAAAAAUUUUCGACAAAUUUCUUUCAUCCAUUCUUUAUUAUUUAUUUUUCUUUUGUUGUCAUUGUUUUUAUUUAUCGGAUAGAUAAAAAUCCAAUCGAUUCAAAGAUAAAAAGUAAUAUUUCUAUUUCUA